UAUAAGUGCACCCUGUACAGAUGUUUAUAGCACUUAAACAGUAAAAUUUAUAUCCUCACAAAUAAAAAAUAUAUUGUCAAAACGUUGAAAUGUCAAAGACUAUAUAAAAAAAUAAUGAUUUGUUUCCAACUCUUACCUUAACAAAUUCGUGUUGAUUUAUUGUUUCUUCACAUAAACUAUUUCCGUAUUUUUGUUUAAAUUACAUAAAUUGCGGAAAGUAAUAUUGAAGAAAAAUAACGAUACAUAUUUACGAUGCAGACGUUGAGACAUACAUCCAGGCAAUUUAAAAGUCAAUUGCUUUACCAAAGUCUUAGUCAAGGUCAUAAACAAAACAAUGGCGUAUGUUUUAAGAAUGGGAAUCGUUCGUUAAGUAGUAGCAACUAUAAUUUGAAGAAAAACAAUCCAACAACUAUAGAGGAUUUUGAAUUGCUGUAUGCUUUGACCAAAGAGAAGUUCCUAUCUAAAAAGCUGCCAAAGGAUGUGAAUGCGCGUGGAGUGUUCGCUUGCAAUGAAUUAGAUCUGAGCGAAGUAAAUGUGUAUGGUUUUGACUAUGACUACACAUUGGCCUGUUACAAGCCGUGUCUACAUGAUUUACUCUAUAACUUGGGACGUGAUAUGUUAAUAAAAAAAUUAAAGUAUCCUGAGCCAAUUUCAAAAUUAGAGUAUAUACCUGGCUUUGCCGUUCGUGGUCUUCAUUAUGACAUUGAAAAAGGUCUGCUCCUUAAAUUGGAUUCAUUUCUUCAAAUACAGUUGGGUUCGGUAUAUAGAGGAAGGACAAAGGUUCCCGAUCAAGAAGUACUGAAAUUGUACAAAAAUCGCAUUCUACCAAUUGCAUACGUCGAAGGAACUUCAAAAAAUUAUCAGCCAAAUGUUAAAUCGAAGAUGGUGCAGUUGGCAGAUUUGUUCUCGGUGCCUGAAAUGUGUCUUUUGUGCAAUGUUGCUGAAUAUUUUGAGAAAAAUCACAUUGAUUACCAUCCAGAAAUAUUAUUUCACGAUAUAAAGUCUGCCGUACAAGCUUGCCAUCCAAUAAUGCAUCAAAUUGUUAUGAAAAAUGCUGAGGAGUACAUUGAAAAAAACGAAAAUUUACCAAAAUAUUUUGAAAAGUUACAAAAGGCGGAUAAAAAGUUGUUUUUAGUAACCAAUAGUCCAUAUUCUUUUGUAAAUCGUGGCAUGACCUUAUUGGCUGGCAAAGACUGGCGUGAAUAUUUUGAUGUGAUAAUUGUACAAGCUCGGAAACCAAAAUUUUUCACCGAUGAAUCUCGUCCUAUUCGUUUGUAUGAAGAAAGCAAUGACAGCCAUGUAUGGGAUAGGGUAUCAAAGCUGGAAAAAGGACAAAUUUACUAUGAGGGCACUGUAAAACAAUUGCAAGAUUUAACGGGUUGGCACGGUCAUAGUGUCUUGUAUUUUGGUGAUCAUCCUUAUAGUGAUUUGGCUGAUGUUACGUUAGAACACGGCUGGCGAACGGGUGCAAUUAUAAGCGAAUUAUCGCAUGAAAUAAAAACACUGAAUACAGAAGAAUUUAAAUCAACAGCAAAUUGGUUGCAAAUGUUAACUCAAUUAAUUGAAGAGAAUCAGGAUAAUGAAUGUGAUUCCGCAAAGAUAUGCUUACAUAAAUGGAUGCAAGAAAGAGAUCAACUGAGAAACCUAACAAAAACUGUAUUUAACGAACAAUUUGGGAGUGUUUUUAGGACCUAUCACAAUCCAACAUAUUUUUCCCGGCGGCUUUUUCGAUUUGCUGAUAUUUACAUGAGUGAUAUAACGAAUUUAUUAAAUUAUUCAGUCUCUCAUACGUUUUAUCCUCGAAGGGGUGUAAUGCCACAUGAAUAUAUAUCAUAUUUCAUGUAAGGACACAAUCCUAUAAAAACAAUCAACGGCUAUUAAAAGAAAUGGAAAACAAGUGCAAAUAACUACAAAAUAAUUAAUUGAUGCCAUUUAUCGGAAUACAAAGAAAAUUAUAUCUCGAAUUUUUUAUUAGUAAUUGUUAAUUAUUGUUGUCAUUGUUUUAAUGUUUAUACAUAUAAUUAGCUAAAUUUGUAAAGCGUUUCGUAUUUAUAAAUUUAUUGGCUGUACUCAAUAAAUAAAGUUAUUGAAUUGGAAAGAAAACAAGAAAA